AUGGCUGAAAGAAAAGCUUUCAAUAUAAUUAAAGCUGUUCCAGGUGUUGGCCAAGUGUAUGGUGCUGUGCGAGGUGUUGUCUAUACAGCAAAAGGUGACAUGCAUGAAGCAAAGCAUUCUGUCACAGUGGACUUGGCAGAUUUGAAUCCAUUACGAGUACCAAGAAAUCUUGCACAUGGUAUCGCUAGUGCAACGAACGAAUUGGAUGUAGGCGCUUGGAUUGGGAAACGACCCAUUGGUAGACAAUUUAUUGGUCUUAAUAUCAGUCCUGGUAUUGAUGGACUUCAUUGGUGUAUUCAGAUUAAUGGAGUAAUUUAUCAAUUAGUUCUGGAUAAAAAUCAUGAUGUUAAAGUUCUUAUAAGUUCGAACAACGAAAGAAAUGAAUGGUAUGAACGUGAUUGUAAAGAAUAUUCAUGGUAUUUGAUCAAGAAAGAACUGCCAUAUGUUGAAACAGAAGUAUUAAGAACUUAUGCAAAAUCAUUUGAAGCUCGUGAAUAUCAAGCAUUAAUUGCAACAGGUGAUAAAAUAAAUUGUCAAUCCUUUGUUACUCGAAUGUUUUCAACAGCUGCGAAUAUAUCAAUUGAAAAAGCACGAACUACUAUACUUCUUGUCGUACCAAAUAUUUUAUUCUAA